AUCCCUAUAUAUAUAUAGGGAUUGACUCCAGUCAGAUGACAUCUUUCGGUCAGAUGACACUUUCGGUCAGAUGACAUGCUUCAGAAUGAGCACCACCUUGUUUGGGUAGGGUUGGAGUUCAUGUGGGCCAAAGAAACCAAGUCCAAAAACAAGUGGACAUUUCAAAAACUGGCGUCCCUUUUUCCCUUGCCCCUCCUGAAUUUCACACCACUUCUGACCAACCAUGUUCGUCCAAACAGACUAAUUCACAGUGGUCUCCUCUGAUGCCUAUCAUUGAAGAUGUGAAUGAAGAUGAAGUCCUUUCCCAAUCCACGCCAUCACCUAAACAGAAUGCCCCACUGCCCAUUACUAUCCCAGAUGACAGCCUGGCCUUGGUCCCCUACUCCAAUGGUCCAGGGGUCCCAACGCUUGCACCACACCUCCUCAGUAAAGAUGACUCCUGGGUCUGCAAACCUUCCUCUGCCUCCACGAUGUGCAUGGACUUUGGGAAGCUUGAGAAAGAAGAUGACUUCUCUUCUUUGUACUGCCAUUCCGAAGGCAAUGAAGGGGAUAUGCCUUUCGAUGGUUCUGAGCUUCUUCCCUUACAGCUGAUUUUUUGGAACGUCUGCGGGGUGCCCUCUUCCCUUGAAAGACUUCUUUCCCUUAAGAGGAUUCACACCCCUUCUUUCUUUUGUAUCUUUGAACCAAAAAUUUCAGCUUCACACAUUUCUUCCUACGGACCUAAUUUGGGUUACAGCAACCAUCUCUCUUCGGCUAAUAACAAGAGAUGGAUAUUUUGGGACUCUAACCUGCUUCAUUUGAUUAGCUUUGACGACGAAGAGCAAGCUACUCACUGCACAUUCUCCAUGGUAAACAAAUCCAACUCCACAAUUAUCAUCUCUUCUGUCUAUGGGGCUCACACGGUGAUUGAGAGAAGGCAGCUUUGGGAGAGCUUACAGGGGAGGAGCAACACUAAUCAAAAUUGGGUGGUGGGAGGUGACUUUAAUGCUAUUUCUUCCCCUUCAGAAUACAAAGGUCAGUGCGAACCAAAUGCACUUGGAAUGGAAGAGUUCAACUCGUGCAUUGAAGCUUGUAAUCUGUUCUGUCCAGACCCUUCCGGUGGUCUCUUUACUUGGUCUGGCACAAGAAGCCGUGGGAGAACAUGGCGUAGGUUGGAUAGAGUGUUGGUUAAUCUAGCUUUCCAAUCAUUCUUUCCUCAUUUUUAUAUUCACCAUUUACCCAAAGCUUGUAGUGACCACAAAGCUAUUCUCUUCACUUGUCAUCCUAGCCGUGAAAGUGGCCCUUCUUCUUUCCGAUUCCUGAAUGCCUGGAUUUACCAUGACCAGUUCCUCCAGGUGGUUAAGGAUUGUUGGACUAAGACUCCCUACUCUGGUGGCAUGCGUGGACUUGUGGCAAAACUCAAAGGUCUUAAGGGAUGUCUCAAGGAGUGGAACAAGAAGGAAUUUGGCAAUAUCUUUGAAAAUCUUACUAAGGCGGAGGAGUUUGCAACCCAAACCCAAUUGUGCUUUGAGGAAGAUCCUACCGAUGCCAAUCGCGAAAUAGCCGAGAAGGCAAACGCCAAACUUCUUCUCGCUACUCACAAAGAGGUGGCAUAUUGGAAGCAAAAAGCUAAUGCGAGAUGGCUUGAAUUUGGGGACUCAAACUCCAAGGUCUUCCAUGCCUUUGCUAAUGGGAAGAGAAGGAAGCUUGCCAUUAAUCAUAUUAUUUCGGACACUGGUGUUGGGCUCUCCAUUCAAUCAGAGAUCUGCUUGGAAGCUGCUUCCCACUUCUCCAAGCAGUUUCAGGCCCUUUCCCCCUCCAAGCCUAUCCACCCCCUCUCCCAAAUCCCUAGUAUCAUCACAGACAGUGAUAACUUGCAGCUCAGUAGGAUUCCUUCCUUGGAGGAAGUUCGGCAGGCAGUUUGGGAUCUGGACAGUGGCAGCGCCUCAGGACCGGAUGGCUUCAAUGGUGUUUUCUUUCGUACUUGUUGGGAAAUUAUUAAAGAGGAAAUGCUCAAAGCCUCUCAAGAAUUUUUCUUGGGAUUUCCAAUUCCGCGAGCCUACGGUAGUACUCUCAUUUCCCUUAUCCCCAAGAAGGAUAGUCCCAAACGCUUUGAUGAUUUCAGGCCCAUCUCCCUUAGCACGUUCAUGAGCAAGGUUAACACCAAAAUCCUCUCCAACAGGCUCAAACCCUUGCUGCCCAAGCUAAUCUCCUCAAAUCAAGCAGCUUUUCAACAAGGAAAAAGCAUGGCUGACCACAUCCUUUUAGCGCAAGAGGCAGCUCACAACUUGGACAGGAAAACUUUCGGAGGAAACAUGAUAAUUAAGAUUGAUAUUGCCAAAGCAUUUGACACUCUACGUUGGGAUUAUCUUGAGGCAGUUCUGAAGGAGUUCAGCUUCUCCAGACACUUCAUUGGUCUUCUCCUGGCAAACCUUAAAGGCACCAUGCUCUCAGUUCUUAUUAACGGGCAGCCCACCGGUUACUUUCCUAUGUCUAGGGGUGUCAAGCAAGGUGACCCCCUAUCUCCUCUUCUUUUCAUUAUUGCAGGGGAAGGUCUUUCAAGAACGCUCAACAAAAGUUUGGAGGAAGACCACAUCCAUCCCUUUAAUUUGGGUAGGAUUAAGAUGCCGGGCCAUCUUACCUACGCGGAUGAUAUUAUGAUCUUCACCAGAGGUGAUACUAUCAACCUUCUAAAGCUUAGGAAAAUUCUUGGAGAUUACUCUUUGGAUUCGGGGCAGGUCAUCAACUUCACAAAGAGUAACUUCUUCGUCAAAUCUUCUACCCCCUCUUCUCAAUUGACAAACAUGAGCAAGACCCUUGCUAUGGAAGGAGGUUCUCUUCCUUUUCGUUACCUUGGUGCAACAAUCUGCAAGGGUAUUCUUAGGAAGCCGCAAUGUGAUCAUCUUCUUGCACAUUUCGACAAGCACCUACUCUCGUGGUAUAGCAAGACUUUGAACCCAAUGGGAAGGCUUAUUUUAAUUAAACAUGUACUAUCCUCGAUCCCCUUACAUGUUCUAGUGGUUCACACCAUCCCGACGUCGAUAAUCAAUUCUCUUCAAGCCCGGAUGGCCAACUUCUUUUGGGGUUCUAGAAAUGGUGCAAGGCUUCAUCAUUGGAAAACAUGGACUUCUCUUUGUUGUCCUACUUCUUCAGGUGGUUUGGGCAUUAAUGACUUGCGGCAGAUGCAGCUUCUUCACUCAAUAAACUUAUGGUGGCGGGUUAACCAUGAUAACGGUGAGUGGGCUUCUCUCAUGAGGGGCAUUUAUAUGAAAAUAGGCAACAUUAAGGAGAAGCUGACGGACUCCCCAACAUGGAAGAGGAUCUGUAGGGUUCAUGAGUUGGCGCUAAACCAUUACAGCAGAAGCCCGAACCUUCCUCUUUGGGACGGGAAACUCUACUCCUCUAAGACAGUACUUAGCUCUAUUGGAGAUGGUCUCCCUUCAAGACUCUCUUGCAAAUAUAUUUGGCAUUCAGCUCAAACCCCCAAGCUCAGAAUUUUUCAAUGGAAAGCAUUCUUUGGCUAUCUUCCCUUUCCUGAACUGGCUGCUAGGUUUUCGGCCAGUCUUCCUAGUAGGUGCCCCCUUUGCAAAUCCUCUGAUGAUGCCUUGGAUCAUACCCUUGCUUCUUGUCCCCUCAGCUUGCAAGUUUGGAGUUAUUUUGCAGCCCUCAUAGAUGCACCUAAACCGUCCUCAGCACUACGACUAAAUCAAAUUUUCCUCACCUGGUGGUUCAGCGCUGAGUCCUCUUCUCUUAAGGGUAUUCUAAGAUUAGUCCUGCCGGGAGUUAUCUCGUGGCAUCUUUGGAAAGCAAGAAAUCAAGCCAUUUAUGACGGAUCCACCCCGAGUAAAGAUACGAUCAUUCAAAGAUGCUUUUAUCACGUACAAGCAUGGAGUUGGGCCUCACGACGUAAGAGGUGGCUGGUUAAAGAUAGAAGCUUCUCCGAUUGGGGGCUCGAUCUUUUCUGGAUUAAUUUUCUGGAUUAAUGGUAGUAGAUUGUUGCAUGUAGUUUGACUUUCUUCUUGGUUUUGUACUUGGUCUUUCUUCAUUAAUAAAAGAACUCUUCAUUU